CACUCACCCCCGACACACACUCAGCACACUUUUCCUCCAUCUGAUUAACAGUCCUGCACACACAAUGAUUACAGGAAUGCGUAAAUAAAUACGGAAAGGGUUGAUUAUUUUGACUACUGGAAGAGCUUUGCUGGGUCUCAGCGCAACUUUUGUUUUUAUUACUGAGAAGGUGAUCUCUCCUUGCGUUUCUCUCACACAAGGAUUCUUUAAAAGAGGAAGAGAAACAGAGGGGGUAGAACAAUCUUUCACUUUAAGAUCGGCUGGGCUCAAAGAUAAAAGGAAGGGGAACGCGGCCGCUAGGAAUCCACCCGCUGCAGCACUUCGGAAAGACGUUUCUGAUACAUUUCUGAGCGCGGCGGCCCGUUUCUCCACCGAAGUUGGCUCCAGCUCUAGCAGCCGCAUUGGAUCCCACAGCUUACUGCGAGACUCCGGUGUACAAUCCGGAUCUCUGCCCCAACAUGAUCGCGGCUCAGGCCAAGCUGGUCUACCAUCUGAAUAAAUACUACAACGAAAAAUGCCAAGCCAGGAAAGCUGCCAUUGCCAAAACUAUCCGGGAAGUCUGCAAAGUAGUUUCCGACGUCCUGAAGGAGGUGGAAGUGCAGGAGCCCCGAUUCAUCAGCUCUCUCAACGAGAUGGACAAUCGCUACGAGGGCCUCGAGGUCAUCUCCCCCACCGAAUUUGAAGUGGUGCUUUACCUUAACCAAAUGGGGGUGUUCAACUUUGUGGACGACGGCUCGCUGCCCGGCUGCGCGGUGCUGAAGUUGAGCGACGGGCGCAAGAGGAGCAUGUCCCUCUGGGUGGAAUUCAUUACCGCCUCCGGCUACCUCUCGGCGCGCAAAAUCCGGUCCAGGUUUCAGACGCUGGUGGCUCAAGCGGUAGACAAAUGUAGCUACAGGGAUGUGGUAAAGAUGGUGGCAGACACCAGCGAAGUGAAACUGAGAAUCCGAGAUAGGUACGUGGUGCAGAUCACCCCGGCUUUUAAAUGCACCGGGAUCUGGCCGAGGAGUGCUGCCCACUGGCCACUUCCCCACAUCCCCUGGCCGGGACCCAACCGGGUGGCGGAGGUCAAAGCGGAGGGGUUCAAUCUCUUGUCCAAGGAGUGCCACUCCCUGGCCGGCAAGCAGAGCUCAGCCGAGAGCGACGCCUGGGUGCUGCAGUUCGCGGAGGCAGAGAACAGACUUCAGAUGGGGGGCUGCAGAAAGAAAUGCCUCUCCAUCCUCAAAACCUUACGGGAUCGUCACCUUGAACUGCCAGGCCAGCCCCUGAACAAUUACCACAUGAAGACUUUGGUUUCCUAUGAGUGUGAAAAGCAUCCCCGGGAGUCAGACUGGGACGAGUCUUGCCUGGGUGAUCGGCUUAACGGGAUUUUGCUGCAACUUAUCUCCUGCCUGCAGUGCCGGCGGUGUCCUCACUACUUCCUACCAAACUUAGAUCUGUUUCAAGGCAAACCUCACUCGGCUUUGGAGAACGCUGCCAAACAAACGUGGCGACUGGCAAGAGAGAUCCUAACCAACCCGAAAAGUUUGGAAAAACUUUAGAGGACAAUGUAAUCGAGAGCCGAAAUGUGAUGACUAUUCUCAAAGUUCUCACUGAGUGUAAACUUCCUGUUCGAUUCCAACCUAGUGUUCCACUUGACAGUGCAAAGAAUCUCUUCCUUAAAAAGGAGUACUCAUACAAUGUUGAGGCAUCAUCUCACCCACCCCUCCAAGGGAAGAAAAAGAAGCAGGGAAAGCGGAUGGAGAAAACCCCAAACCCACAAGUAUUAGAAGACUUCUUUACAAAGGAUUUCAUAUCUCCCUUGAAAAGUACACAGUAACACCCGGAAAACAGCCUGGCUGUAAUGCAAGACCACAAUGAACACUGCCUAACUAUCAAAGGAUUAUAGCAAUCCUGGUGAUUUAGAUGCAUCUGGCUGUGAGUAAACACGAUUUGGAUAUGCCAUCUGAAGGAAAGUGUAAUGUAUAUUUUGAUUUGUAACAAAUAUUGUGAUCUCACAUUGUCUUUGAAAGUGUGGAUGUUGGUGUUUUGUGAUUUGGUGAACAGAAGUUAAAUUGCCAUUUUGGAUACUUCCAGACAUUUUCCACUAACAAAGAUUUAAAGGUAGAUUUCCUCCUGGUACUUUGACCCAUCUUUGGAAGUGUCUGAACUUUAAAAAGUUUACAUUUUGUUUCAAAUAUAUUGCUUGUUCUAUUUCUAACAUUCCAUAAAUAUACUUGAAAUGUUAUUUAAAUAUAUUCAAAGAAAGUUGAAUUCAGCUUAUAUAAUAACGCUUGAAUAUCUGAAUUAUAUAUUUGAAAAAUGCACUUGAAAUACACUGGAUAAUUACUUUUGUGAUUUAGAUUUUAAUUUCUGUUGCUGGUUUUUAUUUAAUUAGAAGCUAAUAAAUGAAGUAAAAUAAAAGUUGUUGUGUUUCACUUUAAAUUGUUUUUCGGUCAGAAGAUUAAUGUUUCAUUUUGAAAACUGAACCCACUUGACUAUUUUAAACAUUGUGAGAAAUACGCUAAUGAAAUUAUUAAAAAUAAAAUCUAAAAUAUUAGAGAAAAGCUUUUUAUAUAGCUCCAGAAGACAAUGAUCUACUGUCAGUUGCUGACUUUUUAUGAGACUAUUUCAUGCUACAACAGACACAAGUUAAAUUUAUCUUUGAAAGCUUGCUCUUCUGGGCUAAUAUUUCUGAAGAAUUUUUGAUAAAUAUAAGGAUGAAAUAUGUCAUGACAGUCAAGGUUGCUGAGUUAAAAAUCAUACUAACUCAGAGAAAAUGAACUUAACAAAGUUCUAAUAAAACUUCUGAAAUUUGUAUAUGAAAACUAACUAUGCUAAUAAAAUGAAGAUAAUUUCUGACCUAUUUUAUGUCAAACCUUAUUUUAUGCAGGAAGGGUUCCACUGGCAGGAUAAAUGAAUCAGAAAUCCAAAAUUACUUUUUACUUCAUAGAGCAAGCCAAUGAUAAAGGCAUAAAGACAAAUUUUAAAUUAUCUAAAAUCAAAUAUAUUACAUUUAAAACUCAUUUUCAAAAUUCAAUUCUUUUGGAUCCAGAAGUGAAAGAAGUCCUGUGACUGUCCUUCAGAGUAUUUUAAUUGUCAACAAGUGCAGGAAGGACUAAUCACCUAUGGGCCUUAAGGUAGUUAGUUAAUUCAGGUGGGGGUAAAUUUUAGAAUUUCAAUUGCUAUUCUACAAAUAGUGUUUUAUGCUGCUUUAUUUCUCUAUAUAAAUUAAAUAUAAAUUAUACACUUCUGGAUCUAUGGCAGCAUUUGUCUUUGACUAGUUUAGAAUAACUGCCUCUGAAAAAUACUUUAAAGGAAGAUCUUUGUAAAAUGAUGCUUGAAUAUCCAGCAUGACACGUUCUCUGAAUUCUUAUUCUCAGGAAAAAAAGUUUACAAAUUGCACAAUAACAAAAGUUAAAACAACAGAAUUGGUUUUCAGAAGAGAGUGCAGAGUAAUAGAGCUGCCAAAACCUCACGUUUUAAAAGUUACACAAUAAGAUAUAAUAAACAUUUAUGCAUUUCAAAUCAUCCAAAUAUGAAUUGCCUGGCAUUACACUCACAGAAGAAUACAAACUAAACAUCUGAGUGCCAGUAUAUACUGUGUAUACACAUUUUAAAUCAAAGCUUCUCAGAAAAUCAGUUUCUCUUCCUUUUAAAUUCACAUAUAAAAUCCACUUUUAUUUCAGGAGGUGAAAAAAUGGAUGUAAUAAGGGAGAUGAAUUUAUAUCCAAAUCCCUGCCCUUUUUCUUAUAACCUUUCAAUAAAAAAUAAGUCAUAUUGCAAUGCACACUUUUGGAAAUCAAAAGUGAUCUUGGUAAGAAAUUUCCAGAGACCUUUCCCAGUCUUCCCCAAGAGCUGGAGAUGCUGUACCCCAGAGACUUGGGACAAAUUGGUUCAACUAUCAAAUCUGACCAAGUGCACACAAAGGCACUCAUGGACAGACUGUUAAAAUGUACAAAAUGUGCAUGAUCUGGUAAUACAAGAUUUUAAAUCGCUAAUAUAUUCUUCAAUCCCAUGAAAUAGAACAUGUGUGUUAUUUCAUUCAUUUUACUUUCUGCAAGAAAGAUGGGAAUGUGCUCCCCUCCCCCACUGUCAUUUAAAACCAAGCAAAAUUGAAAACCACUUCCUGCCACAAAGCCACCAGCACUGCAAACGA